CGUCACACUCCGACCAGCCCCGAGUGCGCAGCUCCUAAAAAACUGGAAGGCAGCUCAUCUCGAGCCUGGGCCGCUGCGCGCGCUGCGGUGCUGCCCGGGCGCUACCGGGGGGAUUUAGCUGCGCUCCCAGCGCGGAGUUUGUCUGGAGGCUGAAGAGGAGGAACCGUGAACGCGCAGCCAUUUAACCGCGAGGACACGAGACUCCGGAGGUGAUGGAGGAGAUAGAUGAAGCAUCCAGCACCCGGCUCUGCCCCUCUAAAGCCCCCCGCAGCCUGAUGAAGUGGAGGAAGAGGGUCAAGUCGGAGUACAUGAGGCUCAGGCAGCUCAAGCGCAUCCGCAAGGCUGAGGAGGUGAAGGCCCUGUUCCUGUCAAACAGGCAUAAGAUUGAGGGACGGACGGACCUGCUGAAUGAAGAGUGGUCAAAACUCAGAAUCCAGUCCAUUCCUUUCUCCACAUCGAGUGGAUCACUGCCAAACAAAAAGCAGUGCAUGGUGGAGUUCGGCUUCCCAUCCUUUCCCAACCAGGCAGUUGCCAUGCGACCCCUGACAACCGUUGCUGGGAUACCAUUCAUGUACUCCUGGUCCCCACUGCAGCAGAACUUCAUGGUGGAGGAUGAGACCUUUCUCCAUAAUAUCCCGUAUAUGGGUGAUGAGGUACUGGAGCAGGAUGAAGCUUUUCUAGAGGAGCUCAUUGAUAACUAUGAUGGGGUUCAUGGAGACAGAGAGGGAGGCUUCAUAAAUGACGAGAUCUUUAAGGAACUGGUGGAGGCCCUGAGCCAGUACUCAGACCAGGAUGAGGAGGAGGACAGCACGGAGGAGGAGGAGGAGCGAGUGACAAGAAGGAGUGCAGGAGAGAACGCUGAGGACAACAAGUCACUGUCCUUUAAGAGGAAGCGCAGAAGAGUACCUGAGGGAGGUGAAUUGCCUGCCACUAAGAAGUUCCCUCAUGAUAAGAUCUUCACUGCCAUUGCCUCCAUGUUCCCUUACAAAGGCACAACGGAGGAGCUGAAGGAGAAGUAUAAGGAUCUGUUAGAGCCUCCUAGUUCAGUGAAGCUUCCUCCACUCUGUACACCCAACAUGGACGGCCCCUUUGCCAAAUCUGUUCAGAGAGAGCAGAGCCUGCACUCCUUCCACACUCUCUUCUGCCGCCGCUGCUUCAAAUACGACUGUUUCCUUCACCCAUUCCACGCCACUCCUAACGUGUAUAAAAGGAAGAGUAAGGAGAUCCGAAUGCAGACAGAGCCAUGUGGAUUAGACUGCUUUCUGCUGCAGAAAGGAGCUAAAGAGUUUGCAGAUCAGUACAUGCUGAGGUCCCAGAGAUCUCGUCGGCGACGGCGUCAUCCCCGCCCCUCCAGCUCCACUGGCCCCUCCCCUUCAGGUUCAGCUGAGGAGGGAAAAGAUGGAGACAGUGACCAUGAGACCACCAGUUCCUCAGAGGGAAACUCUCAGUGUCCCACCCCCACCAAACUGAAACAGAGUGAUGAGCAGGUGGAGGAUAGUCAGCCUCCUCUGCAGUGGAGCGGCGCAGACGAGAGCCUCUUCAGGGUCCUACACGGCACGUACUACAACAACUUCUGCUCUAUAGCACGACUCAUAGGCACCAAGACCUGCAAACAGGUAUAUGAGUUUGCCAAGAAGGAGGUUCUUAUUCAUCGUGUUCCUCUGGAGGAUGGAGGGAUCUCACCUCAGAAAAAGAAAAGAAAGAACAGGUUAUGGGCCAAAAUCCAGCUGAAGAAAGAUAAUUCGUCCAAUCAGGUGUACAACUACCAACCAUGUGACCAUCCAGAGCACCCGUGUGACAGCUCCUGCCCAUGUGUGAUGACCCAAAACUUCUGUGAGAAAUUCUGCCAGUGUGAUCAAGAGUGUCAGAACCGGUUCCCAGGCUGUCGCUGUAAGACUCAGUGUAACACCAAACAGUGUCCGUGUUACCUGGCAGUACGGGAGUGUGACCCUGACCUCUGUAUGACCUGUGGAGCUUCAGAUCGCUGGGACAGCAAACAGGUGUCCUGCAAAAACUGCAGCAUCCAGAGAGGACUGAAAAAGCACCUCCUCCUGGCCCCAUCUGAUGUAGCAGGUUGGGGAACAUUCAUCAAGGAACCCGUCCAGAAGAACGAGUUCAUCUCAGAGUACUGUGGAGAGCUUAUUUCCCAGGAUGAGGCAGACAGAAGAGGUCGGAUCUACGACAAGUAUAUGUCCAGCUUUCUGUUCAACCUGAACAACGACUUUGUUGUGGACGCCACUAGAAAAGGGAACAAGAUUCGCUUCGCCAACCACUCUGUCAAUCCCAACUGUUACGCAAAAGUUGUGAUGGUGAACGGGGACCACCGCAUCGGAAUCUUUGCCAAACGGGCCAUACAGCAAGGGGAGGAGCUCUUUUUUGACUACAGUUCCUUCCUAGGUACAGCCAGGCUGAUGCCCUGAAAUACGUGGGUAUAGAGAGGGAGAUUGACGUCGUGUGACUUUACCCCUUCCACCUGGCAAUGCUGUUACUGCUACUACUUACAACGCGACUCUCUUCGCUCAAGACUGCGGCUCUAAUGUGGGCACUGUGGAUCCGUUUCUGCUCACAGAAAAGGAUUCUGUGAUGUCAUUUUUAAUAUGAUAUCACAGAGUUGUCCUGCAGCUUCACAACUCGAGGGUAACAUGCUCUUUCUGGUCAUGAACUUGAGGUCAAUCAGAUAGUCUGAACUAGCAGGUUUCUUGGUGUAAAAGGAAUCAGUGGACUGAGGAUUAUUGUAGCCUGCUUGAUUUCAGCCUGAGAAAAAUAACCUCAGAUAACAGCAUCACUUUCAGUACCGUCUUUCAGUCUGACAUCAUCUUGGGUCAAACGAAGCUACCUGCUAGUUCAGACCAUUUGUGGCCAAUUGCUCUAGUUCUUCACAUUGUGGUAGACUCUGUACACAAGCUUAUCAACCAUACACAGUUCUUGCAUCCUUAUAUACUUAAUAUAACACAAAACUAAAAGAAACGUUUUUAAGUUGGUUCAUUCAGGCACGAAAGCCUAGAUCAUUCUUUCAGUUGAGUUACAUGUUAACCGAUAGUAUUCAGUCGUCUUCAGUGUAUUUUCAUUGCUGAACGACCUUCACUUUUGACAAAACCUGCAAUAAUAUUGUCUUAAACUAUACUGUAGUGUACUGUGAUGUUAGCCUGUUACUGUAAUCUGCAAUGUUCUGCUGUUUUCCAAGCCUGUUCGUUACCUUUGCUUGCCUUGACAUUCGUUUUUAGCCGUAGCCAGGCAAGCAAAUGACCUCUGUUACUCCGCAGUCUCAUACUGGCUAAGCUAAUCUUUCUCUAGCCUGGAUCCUCUUCUGUUCCAGUUGUAAGCUGCUCGGCUGCUGCUAACUAUGUAGCACAAAAAAAUAAUGACUAUUUGUAAGAGAUAAGCGUUCAAAGCUAGUGUCGCGCUAAAUGGCAGGUAUCCUUCCUUUCAAUGUCUGCUUAAAUUGUGGAAUAGGUCCAAUGGCAAAGUUCUGCAACACAAAACAAAAGAAGUAACCAUACAAACCGACAGACUGAAUGUGAAAUUUGAGCUUGAGAGAGAGUCUUUUGAAGCAAAGAAACGUGGGAGAUUCCUACUUAGGGCUUUUUUAAGGGUUUACAAAAAUUGAGAGUGGGUUCCGCUGUCAUUUGUCCCUUUUAUAUGUUAAAAUAAAAGAGCAAAACCAAACUACAGCCACCAUAGUGACUAAAAAAAUGCCCUGAAGUUAUAUUUGCACUUAGCAUGGUCUUCAGGAAAGGUUUGAGGAGGCAUGGUAAUGCUAACACAUUUAAGCACAUUCUAGAUUCUGUAACAUUAAAGAAAGCAUACUAAUACAAGAUUAUUCUUAUAUUGCUAGAUCAUAUAGGCCUCAUACUUACUUCCAAGAUGUAUUAACCACAUAUGGCCAGAAAAUUAGCAUAAUUUAUUGUGUUUAUUACGAUAUUAAUUUAUUGCUAUAUUAUCAACCACACAUUAUCUUUAAAAUAUAUAUUUUGCAUGAUGGACAUCAUUGAUGUAAUCCUGGGUUAUGUUCACCCUCAUUCCUCUAGCUGAAUUUGCCUCCUGAAAUCUUGCCUGAAGAAACAUUUAUUUGCUGUUUGUUAUUGGGAGAUUCAUUAGCCUUCAGUACUGUUAUCAUGCUGAAUGCCUUGUUGUCUAAUUCCACACUAUGACACACGGGAUUAAAAUACUCUUUACAUGCA